AUGACAGCAGCAACUGGUGACCAAAAGAAACAAUACGUGCUUGUACCUGGUGAUGCUGGUUUUAUUGGUAGUCAUUGUGUUAUUGAAUUGAUUACAGCUGGUUAUGCACCAAUUAUAGUAGAUAAUGAACAUAAUUCAUCAGCAGAAUGUUUAAAGCGUGUUGAACGAAUUACUGGAUGUCAAAUAAUUAAUUAUAAAAUUGAUUGUCUUGAUAUUGAAAAUUUACGAAAUAUUUUUAAAAAAUAUUUAAUUUAUGCAAUAAUUAAUUGUGCUGCACUUAAAUCAGUUGGUGAAUCAGUACAAAAACCAAUUUUAUAUUAUAAAAAUAAUAUUGGUUGUUUACUUAAUUUACUUACAUGUAUGGAAGAAUUUAAUGUUAAAAAUUUUCUUUUUUCAUCAUCAGCUACUGUCUAUGGUACACCGAAAUAUUUACCACUUGAUGAAAAACAUCCAUGUAUUGGUGAUGCUAUUACUAAUCCAUAUGGUAAAAGUUUAAUUGGUGAAGAUCCUAUUGGUAAACGAAAUAAUCUUAUGCCAUAUAUUGCACAAGUAGCUGUUGGUCGUUUACCAUAUGUUAAUAUUUUUGGUACUGAUUAUGAUACUUCAGAUGGUACAGGUGUUCGAGAGUAUAUACAUGUUGUUGAUGUAGCUAUAGGUCAUAUUGCAGCAAUGAAACAAUUUGAAAUGAAUUGUGGUUUAAAAAUUUAUAAUCUUGGUACUGGUAAAGGUUAUUCUGUAUUAGAAAUGAUUAAAGCAUUAGAAAAAGUAUCAGGCAAAAUAAUAUCUUAUAAAGAAUGUUCUCGACGUCCAGGUGAUCUUGCAACUAAUGCCCAUUAUGGUUAUUAUGAUGAUACAGUUUUUCAUCGAGUUGUACCAAAUUUUAUUGCACAAGCUGGUGAUCCAACUGGAACAGGUGAAGGACGUGAAUCAGCAACUGGUGAAUUCUUUGCAGAUGAAUUUCAUACACGUGUACGUUUUAAUUGUCGUGUUCUUGUUGGUAUGGUUAAUCAAGGACCAAAUACUAAUGCUAGUCAAUUCUUUUUUACUUUGGAUAGUACUCCAGAACUUGAUAAAAAGAAUACAUUAUUUGGCAAAGUUGUUGGUAAUACAUUAUUUAAGAUGUUGAAAUUAGGUGAAGGAGAAAUCAUUGGUGAAAUACCAGUACAUAAACAUAAAAUAAUUAAAGCAGAAAUAUUAUCAAAUCCAUUUGAUAAUAUGAUAUCUCGACCUCAAGCUAAAUCACAAAUGAUUGAUGAUGAUAAUGAUGAAAUAAAUAAAAAGUCGAAAGAAACUGUACAGGCUAAAGCAAUCAAAAAUUAUGGUCUUCUUUCAUUUGGAAAUGAAGCUGAAGAAGAAAUAACAAAAAUUUCAAUGACAUUCAAACAAAAAGGAACAGGAAAAAGUGCACAUGAUUUAACUAAUGAUUCAACAUUAAGUAAAAAUACAGUUGUAUUAAAUGAAAAUAAUGAAGAAAGUGAUGCAGAUUUUGAUAAAGAAGAACUUGAUCGAGUACGACAAAAAUUUAAUGCAAAAAAAUUAGCUCAACAAGAAAAGAAAAAAACACUUCAACUUGAUAUUGAUGAUGAUGAUGAUAAUCAAAAAGAAUUUCAUCAACAAAAUCCUGCACCCUCAUCUAUUCAACCAGUUACCUCAAGUACUACUACAUUAAUGGAUGAAUUAAUGGCAGAAAGAUUUCGUGUAAAAGUUCAUACUGCUAAAGAUGAACAAACUAGUGAACCUUUAAAUGAAACACAAUCAAAACAAAUAGCUGAUAAAGUUCAAACACCAUUUUUAAAACAUACUUUUGUAUCUCAAGAAUUAUUAGAUAAUGUUCAAGAUAUUUAUACGAAUGCUGAAUUAUUAACUGUUUAUGAUCCAAAAAAUCCAAUGACUAAACGACGACGAGAUGAAAGUAGUAUGUUACUUCAUCAAAAAAAACAUAAAGGACAUACAUAA